CAGACUGUGGUGUUGCUGUGAUGGUACCAAUAGGCGGGACUGUGGCUCCGCAGUAUGAUUUGUGAGCCGCACAGCUGGAACUAGAGCAGAAGGCUUGGCACGCGUUCCAGCUGAGGCUAAGCUCAACUGUUCAUCAGCAGUUACGCACGACUUGCAUCCAAGAGCGUCUGCAAAACGCUUGUGUGUGCGUUGGGGCUGUUCGUCAAAAAUACCGCAUAUGGAGCAUUCAAAGACACAGCGUUAAGUCCGAGGAAAGCUCCGAGUCUGUAUCCCCGCACGAGUUAUGGUGGAUUCGGAUCACUGCCGCAUUUAAACGCAAGAUCUUGCCCCAACACGGUGUGAAUUCUGCGCUGCCGAUGAUGUAUCGCUUUUCGUCUCCGAGCUCACUCCACACCUGUUAUCAGUGCAGCUUCUUCUCUCCGAGCAUGGGACCUUUAAAACUCUGAAGUGAUUGUCACAUACGCCAAACCAUACAGAGAGAAGCGAGGGGAAAACAGAACAAGGGAGUGAUGGAGUCCAUACUAUCAGAGCAGUCUGCAACGGUGGACGAACUGGUGGAAGCAUGCAUUCAAGCUUUUGAUGACAAAGGCUUUUUGAAGGAUGUCCCUUUGAUCCGCAUGUUCCUCAUGAUGCACCCUUGGUAUAUCCCUUCAACUGACAUGGCUAAGAAGCUCGUAAUCAAAUCUCAAGAGGAGAGCUGUUCUGCCGAACACCGAACAAGAAUAUGCUACCUUGUCAAGUAUUGGAUUUCCGAGUUUCCUGCAGAGUUCAAUCUAAACCCAGAGCUGGCAGACCAGAUCAAAGACUAUAAAGAUCUGCUGACUACCAAAGGCAAUGAGAGCCAGAGUCAGCUCAUUGACCUAGACAGUGUGCCAUCAUAUAAAUGGAAACGGCAGGUGACUCAGCGUGUCCCAUCAAUGUCCAAAAAGAGGAAAAUGUCUCUGCUAUUUGACCACCUAGAUUCCUGUGAACUGGCCGAACAUCUGACCUACUUGGAGUACAAAUCCUUUUGCAAGAUCCUGUUUCAGGACUACCACAGCUUUGUGAUGCAUGGCUGCACAGUGGAUAACCCAAUAUUGGAGCGCUUCAUUACACUUUUCAACAGUGUCUCACAAUGGAUCCAACUUAUGGUGCUUAGCAAGCCCACUGCCCCUCAGAGAGCAGCUGUCAUCUCCCAUUUUAUCAGAGUGGCACAGAAGCUGCUACAGUUGCAAAACUUUAACACCCUAAUGGCAGUGGUGGGUGGCCUAAGUAAUAGCUCCAUCUCCCGUCUCAAGGACACGCAGGCUCACAUCAGUGCAGAGACCAACAAGGUUUUUAACACCUUGAUUGAAUUGGUGACUUCAUGUGGAAACUACAGCCAAUAUCGCAAGCGCUUUUCUGAGUGCUCGGGAUUCAGAUUCCCUAUUCUUGGUGUGCACCUGAAAGACCUGAUUGCCGUGCAUGUGGCGCUGCCAGACUGGACUGAUAAAGAGAAGACCCGGGUCAAUCUGACCAAAACCCAGCAGUUGUAUGCUAUACUCCAAGAGCUGGCACUCAUCCAGAUCACACCGCCCAAUAUCGACGCUAACACAGACCUGCUCAAUCUUCUUACGGUAUCACUGGACCAGUACCACACAGAGGAGGAGAUCUACCAGAUGUCUCUACAGAGGGAGCCUCGCAAGCCAGCGAACUCAAGCCCUGCUCCAGCAUCUGAACCCAAGCCCAUGAUGAUUGAUGAGUGGUCUAUGUCCGUGAAACCCAGUGCUGACCCUACGAUAAUUAAGAAACACAUAGAAAAGAUGGUCGAGUCUGUCUUCAAGAAUUUCGACACAGAUGGUGAUGGACACAUCUCCAGGGAUGAAUUUGAAGCAAUCAGAAACAACUUUCCUUACCUCAGCAAGUUUGGAGAGCUCGACAAGAACCAAGAUGGCAAGAUCAGCAGAGAAGAAAUGAUAGACUACUUUAUGAGAGCCAGCUCUCUGCUAAAUUGCAAGAUGGGUUUCAUCCACACCUUCACAGAAGCAACCUACGUGAAACCCACCUUCUGUGAGCACUGCGCAGGCUUUAUAUGGGGUUUUUACAAGCAAGGCUACAAGUGUAAAGCCUGUGGGGUAAACUGCCACAAGGCCUGUCGAAGUCGCCUGGCUGUCGAAUGCAGAAAGAGGACCAAGAGCAUCAGCCAUGAGACACCGCCAACCCUGCAGGCCAGGUCCUACAGCUUCCCUCCACCUGCCAACACUCCUCCCAGCCUGCAAAAUACAGUAAUUGCUGAAGAGGAUCUGGAGACAGUGGAGGAAGGAGUAUUUGAUGUCCAUCUAUAACCAGGAGCCUUUAAAACAGCCACUGGCAGUUUUCAACUCUUCAUCACAGAAUCCCCUCCAAAGGUUGGUGUGCAAGAGACCAAGUCAGUGACUAAGGAGCCAUAAAGAAGAUAUUCCACAGUUUAUGUUCCUUUAAAAGUCCUUCACAACAGGGAGAAACUGCACUGCACACGUGCCAGGAUACCUACAUGCUGCCACACAGUGGACUCAGCCAGCAACAGCACUCCUCUCCACCUGAGUGACACCAGUGUGACAACCAGCACCGGUUAAAAAUCAGCAUUUUUUUUCAGUGUUAGCCAAGAGUGUAACGAAAAUACUAUUAAAUGAAAAAUUGGAGAAAAAAAGAUCUUCACCAUAUUACUAUCCGAGCUGAACAUUAAAGUCAGUGUAGUUUGCUACAAUUUGUUUACUUUCAAAUAUAAAAGAGGUGCUGUUACUGCCAAGAAUGUAAAGCUGCCACCCAGACUAAGCUAUUGUCCUCUUUACCUGAGCUGCUCCAAUUUUUUUUUCUUAUUUGCCUGCCAUAUUGAUUUGAAAUAUAUUUUGGUGGACAUAUAUUAACAACCGAUUUUGAUGUCAGAUGAAUUACUGUUGAUGUGUGGUGACCUCCUGUUGUGGAAUGAAAAAAGCAACUAUUUUGCAGACCAAAAAAAUCAGCUGAAAUACCUGUGUAGACAGCUAUGAUUAGACAGGACUGAACAAUGUUGUAUUUUUGUAAUGUUUACCUGAGUAUCAGUAGCUGUCUUAUAAUUGAUUCUGUAUUGUCAUCUUCCGUGUAGAGUGCCAUAAAUGUAGCCAAAACAGUAAAAAUACUGCUGUCAAAUGAAGAUUCCAUCUGACCAAAUGAAAAUGUUGAGAGCAUAGAGAGGGAGAGUGGCUGAGUUCCCACUGAUUCUUCUAUUGGUUUUUGGAACGGGCACAUUUUUCACUCUGUCACUUAAAGUAACGUCAUCAAAAUAAAUAAACCAUAACUGGAGUCGCUUAAUGAGGAUUUUCAUUUAGCAGCAUUUUUCCUGAGAGUUUGUUUCAAUGCAAGUUGUGUUUUGCUGUUAUUAUCCAGCAUGCAGCCUCCACAUUUCUGCUGCAUGUGGUUUUAUCAUUUGUAAUGUAGCUUGACAAUUUGUCAUUUAUUAAGGAACCAUUACAGGAGAAAUGUUUCUGUUUCUUAGUGCCUGCGGAAGGAUGAAUUCAGUUGUUAAGCAGCAGAUGCUAGCUGCUGGCAUGUCACUGAAUAAGAGUCCUCAGACUAUUUAUAUAUAUUCUGUAUGAAUUGAUAAAAAAAAGAGAAAAUCCUGGUCUUUUUGUGCCUCAUUUUGCCUCACAAAGUAUAUUUGAUGUUUUUUAGAAAUAAUGCUAUGCUUUUUCUUGUGGUGCCCAAAUCAAUGAUCAGUAUUAAAUGCAACUGGAAUCUUUUACAUAUGGUGUUAAAAAUAUCUGUGACAAAUGUUUAUUAUUGGAAAUAAAUAAGAUAUUGUGUUGUAUUUUUUAGAUUAAAAUUUAGUUGGUGAAUGGUUUCUAAGUUCUGAAACAGG